UCCUCUACAGCAUCCUCAUUCACAGCCUUGCCAUCGCAUUGCUAUCUUGCAAAGCUUUUCGGUAGCCCGUCAAUUCGCCAAUUGAAUUUGCCAAAGCCCAAUCAUGCCUGUCCCUAGAUCCAUGGCCUUCCGAUCGCCUCUGCGAUCUGGUCUCGCCAGCACAACCAAGUCUUUUCGCUGCUCCUAUUCGCAGUCAUGGCAACGAUUCGGUCAGCAGCAGUCACGACGAGGCUAUGCUUCCACAUCUGGCGGUCUCGGUAAAUAUCGUGGUGAUAUUCCCUGGGCUAUCGGAUCGAUUGGUAUAACUGUACCCGCUAUAUUUUGGAUCCUUAGCCAAGAGGAAGACCACCACGCUGACCACGGCUCUCAUGCCGAUCACAAUGACAAAGAGGAUGAAGGGGAAGACGAAUCAAGUGAUGAGGAGUCCAAGGACGAGAAUGAUGGCGAGGAAAAGGAAGAUGAAGAAAAACAAGAUGGCGACGACAAGAAGCAAGAUGGCGGGGAUGAUGAAGGUGACAACAAAGACGAGGACUCGAAGGGUGAAUCAGACUCUGGUAGGCUCAAAGGCACCGAAAGGGGCGAUACCAGUGCGAAACCUGUCAAGAAGCUUGAUGCGAAGAACGAUUCUGCAGAGUCCAAAUCUAUGUCGGGCAAACAGCAAGGUCUAUCCAACACGGACACCAAGCACAGCACCGACCCAACGGAAGGUGGGAAAUCAAGCACGAAGUCCGAAGGCUCCCCUGAGACUGCGAAAACACAAGGUACUGUUGAUCCCGCAAGACCAGCAAGAUAGAAAAGUCAGGUCCAGUCGACCCAGAGCGGGGGCAGGAAUAAAUCAACGUUAAAUUCCCUUAGACAGUGUAGAAUUUCCUGCGUCAAUUACAAUAUGCAGCAUCUGUAGGCAUGUUCACAAAUUACAACUGUAUACUAUGAAACCGA